AUGGACCCCUACGAAACGCUGGGCGUAGCACCAGAUGCUACUCAGGAUGAGAUCAAGAAGGCGUACAGGCGACUGGCGCUGCAGCACCACCCAGACAAGGUCAGCGAUGAGUCGUUAAGAGAUGAAAGUGAAAUCAAGUUCAAAGAGGUGGCGGCCGCUUAUGAACUUUUGAGCAACGAGGAGAAAAGGCAAAACUACGAUACAUAUGGAGACACUAAUGGUUUCUCAGGAGAUUACAGCGGCUUCCAAGACGGCGACUUCGCCAGCUUCUUCGGUAACUUCGCUUCUAACAGAUACCAAGACGAAUACGAGGCUCAGUCGCCACCAAGUCCACGUACAGAUGACGCUCAUGUACCAAUACGCCUCACAAUGCAGGAGCUUUACAACGGAAAAACCAUCAGGUUCCAAGCCAAGCGAAACGUUGUGUGUAAUCGUUGCGAAGGUACCGGCGUUCGUAGGCGCGCUAGGCAUGCUUCAGCGUGCUCUCAAUGCGAAGGGCACGGCGUAAAGCAGAGGCUCAGAAGAUUAGGCCCCGGAUUUGUUACUCGUGAGAUUGUGCAGUGUGACAAAUGCAAGGGCUUGGGUAAAAAUCUGCGAUCAGAGGAUAUGUGCAAAAAGUGCCACGGCAAAAGAGUGACCCCGGAAAGCAAAAAUCUUAAUGUUUACAUACCAAGAGGAUCGCGUCACGGUGAUAGAGUCGUGCUGAAAGGAGAAGCUGACGAAGAGCCUGGAAAAAUCCCCGGCGACCUUGUGUUUGACAUCGCUGAAAACAGUGCUAGCAGCUCGCUAGAACGCAGGGGCUCCGACUUGUACGCAAAAAUUACAAUAUCAUUAUCAGACGCGCUAACGGGAUUUGAAAAGGAAGUUUGUACUACGCUGGACGGAAGGCUGUUGAAAUUGAAAGUGCCUUUGGGACAAGUAGUGAGACCAGGCAAUUUUGUUCGAAUCGACAACGAGGGUUGGCCGCUUGAUGACCAGGGCAGCAAGUUUGGCGAUAUGUACGUCCAGAUCGAUAUCGAGUUCCCUCCGGACCACUGGUUUAGCGAAAGAAGCGACGUCAAAUCCCUACAGAACUUGCUGCCACAAGCCGUAUCGUCGUCAGCUACCUCAGACUUUAACGCCUCAGCUUCAGAUCCUGCUAAUACAGAAACUCCGCUUAAAUUCAGUAUUGUGAAAUCCGCGGAAGAACUUCCGCAGUACCUCUCCGAAGAAUCUGAACCGGGGCCUCAGUGUGCGCAACAGUAA